GUAGAGAUAAUGAAGGAAGGUUUUCAAAAACUAUAGACGCAGAAAGUAGUGAUUCAGAAUAUAGUGAUCCAGAACUUUUAAUUUAUGAAUCAGAGAACAAUAAUGAGAAAGAAUUUGAUAAUGAGAUAGAACCUAAUGAAGAAGAAGCUAAACGGUUAAUUAAUGAAGAUAAUUCUUUUAUAACUUAA